CGGUAUUCGUGCAUUUACGCGUGCCCGUCUGGAGUUGCAAAAACGUGACUUUUUGUGUAAUCAGAUCCUGAUCAGUUUUUGGAGGAGAGGAACGAUCCGCUAGAUUUCGUGUCCCCGCCGGAAGUGAAGUGAUUGUAAUCCAGAGAGAUGUCAGCAACUACCGGUACCACCAGCUCCCGUCGCAAAAUGACCGAGAUCCUGCAGGAAACGGAACGAGUUGCGGAUCAGGUUCUGAUGCGGAAGCAGGAACUGAUAGCCCUGGACAAACGCCGGCAGGAAACCCGGGAAGCGAUUCGGACCAUCCGGAAGAGUUUCCCCCGGGAAGAUUCCAAGGUGUGGAUCACCGUUGGAUCAAUGCUGAUGAAGCAGAAGCAGCCGAAAGCGCUGGAACUGCUGCAGAAGGAUGCCGACCAGAUUGAGGAGGAAAUCAAGACCAUUAGAAACGAGCAGAAGGUGUUGGUCAAUCGGCAGCGCGAUCUGGAGCUGGAGAGUCCACUGAGGGGUUUCGAUUUGAAGCCGAUGAGUGCGGCGGAGAUUGGCGCGAUUCGGGCGAAUUUGCCACAGUUUUAGGAAGCGUUUCGAAGCUGCUGAUGAUUGGGAGGAGAGAUCUCAAGAAUCGGUAUUCCACUGCACUGUUAGAUUGUA